AAACAGUAGAGAAGAAGUAGAACCGAAAGAAACGGGACAGCUCGAAGAGUGAGGUGGUAUUUCUUAUUUUUAAUACAUUUUGCGUACAGUGUAUGUCACAGUUGAGUAAAUUGACUGUUAUCUUUAUUUAGUCGUGUCUUCUCUCAGUGGCGUCUCAUUAACUGACUACGUAGUUUCAUUAGUAGAAGAAGCCAGGGGAAAAUACUAGCUCAGCGACCCAAGGUGAGUUUUGUCCGCUUUUAAAGUUUAUUUUAAGUUCUUAUCCAUUACAACAGUCAAAUGUUGUAUUACUGUUGAAUUACAAGUUGAUUUAACAUGGUGUAAACAUUUUUUGCAUAGUAUUUGCGAUAACAAAAGUACAGAGUAAGCUAUUCUGCCAGCAGCACAAAUGAUGACGUCACGGUUAUGCUUAUUCAAAAAUAAAAGUCCGCAGUUCAACACAUCAAUUAUCAUUAGCUGAUUAAACAGAUACAGAAUUUUUAUCAAUGGCCAAUGUUCUACCUGUCUCCGCUAAAGUGGGGUGGGAAAUACACUACAGUUGGGUCUGUGGAAUCUAUAUAUGGUGUUAUUUCAUGGGGGACUGUGGUCUAAUGCCGCAUUCACGUUAUGUCAAAUUAAUGUAAGAUAUUUGCGUAAAGCUUCCUAUUGCUUGAUUCUGAUACUUCUCAAGUGGGUAACUCGAGUUUCAGACGUCACGUGAAUGUGGCAUAAUUACCCAGGAGCACUUUAUACUCCACCCAUUCCAUUGGCCACAACUCAGUAGGGUCUGUAAAAACCACAGCAUCACUUUAUGUAAGGCAGGGUUUCCAACUGCCGGCCCACGGGCCGAAUUUGGCCCGAGGGUGGUUUUAUUUGGCCCCACAAGUUUUCUGAGCUUUUAGUUUGUUUAAUUUUAAAUGUUGGACAUAAAAAAACUGUGAAAACACCAGGAAAUCAGCUCCAAAUGAUUUUAAUUUAAAUCUGUUCCCAAGUAUUUCCACGCAUAGUAGAGAGACGUGAUCAUAUACAAAUGUAAGCAAGGUUUGAAAUUAUGUUUUAGUCAAAUAUAUCGGUUUAGGCUUCUUGCGGUCAAUCUAGUUGGUGAUCCCUGAUGUAAGGUCUUUAUACUAAUCAAAUAUAUUUUGUUUUUCAGGGGGGCUUUGUCAAAUGGCUGGUUAUUACUCAGUCUGUCUUGUUAUAGACAUGCAUUUAAUCCUGCAUGUUAUAUUAAUUCCAAAACAAUAAAUUAAUUUACUAUUGUGUUAAAUCUCAGUUAGAAAAACAAAGCAUUCUAAAAAAAUUUAAAUAAUGUUUUGCUUCCAGUGUGAAUUAAAAGGCCAUUCCAUGCUAGACUUUCAUGCACUCUUGCCUUGCCCUAAUGGAGGUGCCAAAUACUGAUUAUUAGCAGGUGAUUAGUUGAGAACUGCUUCAAAGACACAAUGAUGGACUGGCAUUAAUCUGACCUAGAUUAAUCUAAUGGGGAUGAGCUGGCUGCACCUUUACACAUUUAAAUCAGCCCGAGGGCAGCCUUGACAUGUCCCAAAAAAUGCAUCAGGUCAAUCGCUUGGCCUAACAAAUAAAAUAUAUUUUUGGCAGUAUCCCAGUAAAAUCAUGUUGCUAUAGAUUCACCCCAGCCUUCCAGUGAUUUUCUUGAGCCCACCUUGGUCGCAAUCAAAAGGUUUGCCUCUUGUACUUGGUUUUGGACUUUAAUGGAUCAUAUAGCCCAUCUAUAUGUAUCCCAUGUACAGUGUAUUGCAGUGGAGGGGGUGGAGAAUGAAGUGCUGCUGGAUAUUUACAAGAGCUGGGAAUUGCCAGGGACCUCACAAUACGAUAUUAUCGCAAUACUAUAUGUAUUGUGAUUCUCACGAUUCUAUAUGUAUUGCGAUUCAAUACUGUGAUUUGAUUGCCAUUCGAUGUUCCAAACAUAUUGCUCACCGUAUGUCUGCUGCAGAGGGACGAGAGAGACAUGAGAAAACGAGUUUUGAUUUUCUCUCUACAACCCAAUAUUUAUCCCAUAUACAGUGUAUUGUAUUGGGGGCUAUGGAGGGGGUGGAGAAAUAAGUGCUGCUGGUUAUGUACGACACAGUCCCAUUAAAAAACGUUACAUAUUUCAUAAGUAGAGACCCUACUGAGGGAAGUUUUUAUUUUUUCUCUACAAGCCAAUAAGUAUCCCAUAUACAGUGUAUUGCAUUGCAGUGAAUGGAGUGGGUAGAAUCACCAGCAUGCCGUAUUAAACCCGUUGCCCAGCACAAGAGACCAAGACGAUUGAGUAAUUCCAAUAACAUGUAUUUGAUUAAAAGUGUAUUUCUUUAAAUAUAGUCUACACAAACACUUUCAACUUAUCAGUAUGUGUGUAAACUUUCAAAAGAAAUGCUGGUAUAAAUAAUACAAUAUUAAAAAUAAAAGUAUGUCAAAUUAUCAAUUUUAUUUUUUCAAAGGUGAUGGCAAUGCUGUGAAAAACAGUUGUACUGCACUAGUGCAAAAAAAUAAUAUUCCCAAAGUUUAGCAUGUCUUUGAAGGAAAAUAAAUCUGCAUCUGUGCUGCCAGCAUAAUAUCCUGCUGCUAGCAGAAACCUUGCCACUUCGUUGCUACUGGUGUUGAGGCUGAAAGACAUAAACUCAGCAAAAAAAUAAAGGUCCCUUUUUCAGGACCCUGUCUUUCAAAUAUAAUUCGUAAAAAUCAAAAUAACUUCACAGAUCUCCUGUGGAAUGGUUGUUAAGACACUAACAGCUUACAGACAGUAGGCAAUUAAGGUCACAGUUAUGAAAACUUAGGACACUAAAGAGGCCUUUCUACUGACUCUGAAAAACACCAAAAGAAAGAUGCCCAGGGUCCCUGCUCAUCUGCGUGAAUGUGCCUUAGGCAUGCUGCAAGGAGGCAUGAGGACUGCAGAUGUGGCCAGGGCCAUAAAUUGUAAUGUCCGUACUGUGAGACGCCUAAGGCAGCGCUACAGGGAGACAGGACGGACAGCUGAUCAUCCUCGCAGUGGCAGACCACGUGUAACAACACCUGCACAGGAUCGGUACAUCCGAACAUCACACCUGCGGGACAGGCACAGGAUGUCAACAACAACUGCACGAGUUACACCAGGAACGCACAAUCCCUCCAUCAGUGCUCAGACUGUCCGCAAUAGGCUGAGAGAGGCUGGACUGAGGGAUUGUAGGCCUGUUGUAAGGCAGGUCCUCACCAGACAUCACCGGCAACAAUGUCGCCUAUGGGCACAAACCCACCGUCGCUGGACCAGACAGGACUGGCAAAAAGGGCUCUUCACUGACGAGUUGUGGUUUUGUUUCAUCAGGGGUGAUGGUCGGAUUCGUGUUUAUCGUCGAAGGAAUGAGCGUUACACCGAGGCCUGUACUCUGGAGUGGGAUCGAUUUGGAGGUGGAGGGUCCGUCAUGGUCUGGGGCGGUGUGUCACAGCAUCAUCGGACUGAGCUUGUUGUCAUUACAGGCAAUCCCAACGCUGUACGUUACAGGGAAGACAUCCUCCUCCCUCAUGUGGUACCCUUCCUGCAGGCUCAUCCUGACAUGACCCUCCAGCAUGACAAUGCCAGCAGCCAUACUGCUCGUUCCGUGCAUGAUUUCCUGCAAGACAGGAAUGUCAGUGUUCUGCCAUGGCCAGCGAAGAGCCCGGAUCUCAAUCCCAUUGAGCACAUCUGGGAUCGGAGGGUGAGGGCUAGGGCCAUUCCCCCCAGUAAUGUCAGGGAACGUGCAGGUGCCUUGGUGGAAGAGUGGGGUAACAUCUCACAGCAAGAACUGGCAAAUCUGGUGCAGUCCAUGAGGAGGAGAUAUGCACUGCAGUACUUAAUGCAGCUGGUGGCCACACCAGAUACUGACUGUUACUUUUGAUUUUGAACUCUCCUUUGUUCAGGGACAAAUUAUUCAAUUUCUGUUCGUCACAUGUCAGUUGUUGAAUCUUGUUAGGUUCAUACAAAUAUUUACACAUGUUAAGUUUGCUGAAAAUAAAUGCAGUUGACAGUGAGAGGACGUUUCUUUUUUUUGCUGAGUUUAUGUACAAAUAGUUUGGCCUGCAGCAUCCCACCCUGCAUCCCACUGCUGGCUUGCCUCUGAAGCUAAGCAACGUUGGUCCUGGUCGGUCCCUGGAUGGGAGACCAGAUGCUGCUGGAAGUGGUGUUGGAGGGCCAGUAGGAGGCACUCUUUCCUCUGGUCUAAGGAGAUCCUAAUGCCCCAGGGCAGUGAUUGGGGACAUUGCCCUGUGUAGGAUGCCGUCUUUUGGAUGGGACGUUAAACGGGUGUCCUGACUGUCUGUGGUAAAUAAAGAUUCCAUGGCACUUACCGUAAGAGUAGGGGUGUUAACGCCGGUGUCCUGGCCAAAUUCUCAAUCUGGCCCUCAUACCAUCGUGGCCACCUAAUAAUCCCCAGCUUCCAAUUGGCUCAUUCAUCUGUCUCUUCCCCCUGUAACUAUUCCCCAGGUGGUUGCUGUAAAUGACAAUCUGUUAUCAGUCAACUUGCCUGGUAAAAUAAAACAAUCUAUGACUAGGAAAAAACUCAUCAGGUAAAAACACAUGUUGACAUCCUAUCUAUAAAACAAUAUGAACUCGCUGAGCUCACAUCCAGUCACUCACCUCCCCUUCAUUCAUUCAUUCAUUCAUCCAUCCUUCACUCAUGACUGUGGCCUGUGAGUUUCUCAUCCUGUCAUCCAGGAGUUAUAUAGAGGCUGUUCACUUCUCAUAGCCUUUUAGGAAGCCUUCCUCCUGGGCAUCUCCUCAUACCUGACCCAGCAAUAAUGGACCAACAUGUUGGCUAUAAGCCUCCUCUCCUCUCCUCCCCCCUCUCUCUCUCUCGCUCUCUCAUAGCCCUGUGCAAGUGGAUGUUGCUGUCUGGUCGGGGGAUCCAGUGUGUGUGAUGGACCUGCACCUGCUGUCCCGUAUUGAUGAGGAGCUGGACUCCUCUGAGGUGGCUGCCCUGUGCUUCCUGUGCAGAGAUGUGCUCAACAGGAAACGCCUGGAGACGGUGAGGGAUAGGGAUCACAUAUAGAGGGCUAAAAUAGAGAUGAAUGGCCAAUCCUAACCUAAUUCUCUGAAAUUAUUUGAUAAUAGGUAUUAGGAAUGUGGUAAUAGCGCAUCCUAGCCCUCAAGCAGACUAUGUAGUUAGUUUAUGCAAUCCUUUAUCUGUGCAAUCCUUUCAGAUGUUACAAGUGCCGAAUGGAAACUGGUGAAAGGUGUAACCAAAACCAUAAAUUGAAUUUGAUUUGAAAAAUACAACAGAAUGUACAUUGGAUCCCCAGAGCAUAGCACUUAAAAGCUUGAAUUAAAACACUUGUUUUCAAAGUGGUCCAUGGCUAUAGAGAGUUUCCUAUCAUCCGUCCAUUCCUUUUAUAUCAGUGAAGGGGAGUGUGCAAGUGUAGAGAAUUGGAACCUAGCCCCUGUCUAAUCCUUCGUGGUCUGGCUUCAGGUGCAGGAUGGGCGUGACCUGUUCCUGAGGUUGCAGGAGAAAAGCCUGCUGGAGGACCACUACUUCCUGUCCCAACUCCUCAAUGUCAUUGGUCGACUGGACCUGCUCCGCCUCCUGGAGACGGACAGCAGACAGCCGGAGCAAACGGCCCACACCCAGACAGACGCAUGCCCUGCCCUCUCACAGUACAGGUAAGCACAGAGGUGUGUGUGUGUGUGACUGCAUUCUCACAACAAUGGACCACAUAGAACAGCAACACUGAACGGUCAUUCUGGUAAUUCACUGGUUGCAUUACGUCUUUUUCUCUCUCUCUCUCUCUCUCUCUCUCUCUCUCUCUCUCUCUCUCUCUCUCUCUCUCUCUCUCUCUCUCUCUCUCUCUCUCUCUCUCUCUCUCUCUCUCUCUCUCUCUCUCUCUCUCAGGAGGAUGUUGUAUAAAGUCUCAGAAGAUGUAACUCAGGAGAAUCUCACCAAGAUUAAGUUUUUGCUGAGCAACAAACUGCCCAGAGGACGACUGGAUCUCUGCACUGUAAGAACACCUACAUGCUCACAUGCACACACUCGGGCACGGUCCGACCUAGCCCGAGCCCCACCUGAACCCAACCCCUACCCAAGUCCGACAUCAUCACAUAAAUGAAAUGAGGCCGAACUCGAUUUUUAGAAUAUAUAAUGUUGCCAUUUCACCAGUAGGCUAUAUUGACUGUUGAGAACAAUGCAGUUGAGCAGAGUGAGAAGACGAGGAAGCAUCUUUUCUAAGAAAAGUGAGUAGGCCUAGAAAACUCACCUUAGUUAUGAUCAACAACUGUUGAUUGUGUCUUGACUUUAUAAAACAUCCAUAGCUUUAGAAAUUAGACAGAUCUUGCUGCUGUUUCCCGUUUUCGAGUGUUUGUUUAAUACUGAUUACGUAAUCCGAACCGAUAUCCAAGCCACACGCAACCACAACAUGGACAAAGCAAUUGCAUUUUAUGAAUGUGACUGUUGUUGCUAUGCUGUAAUAAAGGCUUUACAACUUGAUUUCUCUGGGAUUUCAAAACAUUUGUUUAGUGUUUACAUUGAUCCAAACAGUCAAUAAACACCAACCUUUUAAUCUACCAACACCUGUUUAGCACAGAAUAUGCACACAGUGUGCGCUCCUCUUCCUCCUCCUUCUUGGUCUUGUAUUUUUUCUUAUCAUUAUUGCUAUUAUUAUUAUCAUUAUAAUAAUAAGUAUUACUUUUUUAUAAUUACUAGGCCUAGUAUGCUAGUAGCCUUGCAUAAUCUAUCUAUCCGCCAUUGAGCACCAUGAGAGCUUGUCUUGUUAUAGUCGUCUUUAAAGUCACUUAGGCCUACUUCAUUGUAUCUCAAUCAAUCAUUCAUUCAUGUCACACAGCAUGAUUCAUGCGUCUAAAAAUGAUAAAGCAUUUUCUUUUGAAAAUAAAAUAAAAGAGCCUAGAAUAAUUCAACAAUAAACAAAUACAGCAAAACUUGAAUUAAACUCAGUCUCAAAUAGCCGCCUGUCCUUUUUUAACAGCUGGACAACGGCGCACAUUUCAGCAAAUAAACGCGUGUUUCAAAUAAACGCCAGGUCUAAAUGAGUUGCUUACGAGGUUGACCUUGAAUUACCAUGAAUUGUUUACGAGGUUUAAUGUUUGAUUUGUUACAUUAAAUAAUUCAGUAAUGACUUGACAAAAUGAUGUCAAUCAUCCGUUUUUAUCGGCAGUGAGAAACAGCUAGCCAUUGGCUCCUAACAGCUGAGAACUGCUAGCUAACUGGCAAGCAAAAAUAUAGUCAACAACUUCGGGAGUACAGACCCCCAGAAACUGUCCGAUCGCCAUCUAGUGGCGAAAGUAAUAACCUUUUUCAUAGAGACAUACUAAGACAAAAUAAAUGUGACACAGUGUGUAAAUGAUAACACAUUAGUGCAGGAAAUGAAGACAUUUAUUAAAAUGCUGGAAGUGAAUGCUAGAAUGAAACAAUUAACUAUGUAAAUGAGCAAAAGCUGUGUGCAUUAAGGAAAUGGACGCCUGGCUCAAAUAGAAGCCUAUCUCCAAUAAGCGCCUGUUGUGUUCAGUGAUUUAAGCAAAUAAAUACUGGACUACUAAUUGAGUUUUACGGUAAGUAGAUUUUCUGCCUAACAUCCACCAUUUUAAUAAUCGCUCAAAAGCGCCAUGUUGUGGAUGCAUGUUUUAUUCUGAAAUAACUGCAUCAAGCCUAGGCCUGAUUUAGGAAAACAUUUGGAUCAGUUAUGGGUCUCCUUUCAAUAGUUUACAAGGUCCAGAAAGGCCCAUUAGCGGUGCAGUCAUAGGGUGUAUAUUUGUUAGAAUGUAUCGGCUUCUCCUGAUUCUGAGAUGCGCUGCCUGUCUUGGUCUUGUGGAUCAUCAUUCUCCCGAGUGCGCUCCAGCUUUUUUGCAUCGCAAUUUGAAACGUUUAAUUGAUCAGAUAAAUAUGUUGAAUCAUUGCCACAUUUCUCUGGCCCAGCCAAUAUUGAAAUCCUGGUGCUGCAGCUGCUGCUGAGAGCAGUAGUAAAAUGUGUGCUAGACUUGCAGUCUUUUUUUACACAGUGGGGCAAGCCCGAACCCGGCCCAAAUCAAUUCUCAGAAAUUCAGGCCCAGCCCGUUAAAAGCCCGUCAGGCCCCGUCGAGUUCAGGCUGAAAAUGGGAGCUCUAUGGCUGCGUUUACAUAGGCAGCCCAAUUCUGAUAUUUUUUUUUACUAAUUGGUAUUUUACCAAUCAGAUCAGCUCUUUUGACCAUGUAGCCUAACACACACACACAAUUACACUCUCUCUCUCCUUCCCUCUCUCUUUCGCGCUCUUUCUGUCUCUAUCUCUCUCCCCCCCUCCCCAUAGACUGCCCUGGAGGUGCUGUGUGAGAUGGAGAGGCAGGGGCUGCUGACAGAGGACAGACUGGACGAGCUACAGAUGACACUGGAGGAGUGUGAUACACAGCUGGCCCACACAGUACGGCAGCAUAGAGGAGGUACAUAUUGACGCACGCAUACACACACACACCUGGCUAGCAGGGACAAGUCACUCUCACUGUUCACUCUUCCCUCUCUCACAUCACUCUCUCUCACUGACUGAUAGUUCAGUAUUUAUGCAGUAUAUAAAAAUAUAUAUAUAUUUUAUUUUCAUGUGGUUGCUGUUUUUCAGCAAGGGGCAGUCUGUCACGGCAGGAGUACACUGUUCAGCCAAUCAGCAACCAGGAACAGCAACCAAGCACCUCCCACUGCUUCAGCAUGGAGCAGAGGGCCCCCAGCCCCCCUCUGUUACUACAGAGCCUGUCUAUAUCAGAGACACAGCCCAGCCGUAAGAAACACACACACACAUAUAUACACACGCGCGCGCGCACACACACACGUAGUUAAAGUGUGUUCUUGUCCUAUGUCCAUAGGUGAGCGUGGGCAAAGCGUGAGUGUGUACUCAGAUUCAGGGAUGGAACCUCAGCCUGGGUCUGGGCCUGACCAGGUAACCACUUCAACGAUGCAACUUUGGAACACCUCUUGGGUUAGACAGUAGGGUAGACUUUUGACACCAGUUUAUUUUUGUCCAUGGUGGUAACUCUAGUGUGUGUGUGUGUGUGUGUGUGCCCAACAGAUGGAGCGCUAUUCCAUGACCCAUAAACCUCGGGGGACCUGCUUAAUCAUCAAUAACCACCACUUCAUAAGAUUUUCAGAUCUGACAGACAGAACCGGAACUGAGCAGGACGAGAGUAGGCAUCCUCGCUCAUUGGUUGAUAUUAUGAGCCUGAUCUCAUUCAGUGAGGCCCAUUGGCCAACCUGGAUUUUUAAUUCUCCCAUCUCUCUGUCUCUCUCUGUGUCUGCAUGUCCGUCUGUCUCUUGCUCUGUGUGUGUGUCUCUCUGUCUCUGUCUCUCUGUGUGUAGAGGCUCUGAAUACGGUGUUCUCCAAUUUGGGGUUUAGGGUGGAAGUGGGUAGCGACAUGACAAAGAAGACCAUGUUGGAGGCAGUACAGGAGCUUGGAAUGCGGAGUCACUUACAGGCAGACGCUCUGGUGAGUAGUGAGGUCAUAAUUCUCCAGUCUCUUCAGGAGGUACAGUAGCUCUACUCUUGAAGCCCAAUUGGACUCCAAUGAAUGAAAGUAGAUUAAACUAUUGUAAUCCCUGUGUCUGGUCCUAGGUGGUGUGUGUGCUGUCCCAUGGGGAGAAGGGGUGUGUGUUUGGAACAGAUGGAGAGGAGGUGCCCAUUCGCUCCCUCACACAACCCUUCACCAGCGAGCAGUGCCCUUCUCUGGUUGGCAAACCCAAACUGUUCUUCAUCCAGGCCUGCCAAGGAAAGGGCUUCCAGCGAGGGUCACCAUUACCCCCCCCCAGUAGGCGACAGGGGCAGUAUGAGGCAGACGCCACCGAAUCCGUCCCCUGCUAUGCAGACUUCCUGAUCGGUAUGGCAACAGUGGAAGAGUGCAAGUCAUUCCGAAACACUAAGGAUGGUUCCAUCUACAUCCAGGAGCUCUGCAAACAGCUGGACUGGGGAGCGGACAGGUGAAUUAGAGGGGAAUGGGGUUAGUAGGUCUGGCAUUAACCAUAGAGAUGUAUAAAGAUCAUUACAAAGAAAUAAGAGGUUGCCAUUGAGGGAUUCCACCAUUUUAAAGGCCCAAUGCAGACUUUUGUAUAUCAAUAUCAAAUAAUUUCUGGGUAACAAUUAAGUACCUCACUGUAUAAGUUUUUCAUUAAAAUUGACAAAAAAUUGCUUUUUUAGCAGAAAAGUAUUUCUCAAGCAAGAAUUGUGCUAGGACUGUCUGGGAGUGGUCUGAGUGGGGAGGGGAAAACUGAAAACUAGCUCUUACUGGGAGAGAGGUUUGGAACUCUCUUUGUUAUUGGUCUAUUAACCAAUUGACCGCCUUGUGAUGUCACCAGGAAAGCCGAAACUUAAUUUUGACUACACUGGGCCUUUUAAAUAGUCAACUGGGUGGGAAUUCAAUGGGUUGGGAGCGAUUAGCCAAUGAUCAGACCAUUGUAGUCUUCUUCAAAUUGGUUUGAAUUCCCACCCAGUUGACUAUUACUCCUAGUGCCACUAGAGAUCCUGGUUCGAAUCCAGGCUCUGUCGCAGCCGGCCGCGACCGGGAGACUCAUGGGCGGCGCACAAUUGGCCCAGCGUCGUCCACGGUAGGGGAGGGAAUGGCCGGCAGGGAUGUAGCUCAGUUGAUAGAGCAUGGCGUUUGCAAAGCCAGGGUUGUGGGUUCGUUUCCCACGGGGGGCCAGUAUAAAAAAAUAUGUAUUCACUAACUGUAAGUCGCUCUGGAUAAGAGCGUCUGCUAAAUGACUAAAAUGUAAAUGUAAAAUGUUUGCCUAGUUUGUAAAUGGCUUUAUGCUAUGUGACCGCCAUCUAGUGGCCACAAAGGAAUUACACACACUAUUUGGUUCAAGAUUCCAGCACUGCAGGUGGCGGUAUGUCACAAAUACAAGCUUUACACUUUUUUCAGACAUCAGAAGAAAAAAAAGGACUCUUUUAAAAUGGAGAUGAUGCUGCCUUUGCGGUCACAGACGCCAUAAUGGCAGAUAAAAUGUUGCGGUCUCUAUAUAUCUCAACAGGUGAGAGCUGUAUUGUGAUGUGUAUUUCCUGUUUCCUCUGUAGUGGGGAGGAUAUGCUGUCGGUGCUGACGCGUGUGAAUCGUGAGGUCAGCAGAGGAGUGUUUAAAGACUCCAAACAGAUGCCCGAGCCCAAGUACACCCUCACCAAGAAACUCUUCCUCUCCUACCUC